AUGGCCACGGCAAUGGGCAAACGCCUUGAAGGCAAGACAAUUGUCGUCACGGGGGCCUCCUCCGGCAUUGGUAGAAGCACAGCCAAGGAGUUUGCCAGAACAUCUCCCAAAAACCUCAAGCUGAUUGUCACCGCCCGAAGGGUUGAUGCGCUGAAGCAGCUUGCGCAGGAGAUUAAGGACGAAGUCGGGGAUGGCGUCAAGGUCUUCCCGGUGAAGCUGGACGUGACCAAUCCGGACGAGAUUAACAAUUUCGUGGCGUCCUUGCCGGCGGAGUUCAGGGAGAUUGAUGUUUUGGUAAAUAAUGCUGGCCUUGUUAGAGGAGUUGCCAAGGCUCCCGAAAUCAAUCCUGUAGAUACUGAUGUCAUGUUCUCCACGAACGUCACCGGCCUUAUAAACAUGACACAGGCAAUCCUGCCAAUCUUCAAAAAAAGAGACGAGGGUGGUCGGGGAGAUAUUAUUAACAUUGGAAGCAUUGCUGGAAGAGAAGCAUAUCCCGGGGGCAGCAUCUACUGCGCUACCAAAGCUGCAGUGCGAAGCUUCACAGAUGCAUUGAGAAAGGAGCUCGUUGCGACGAGAAUCCGAGUCAUUGAGAUUGACCCUGGCCAAGUUGAGACGGAGUUCUCCGUCGUUCGAUUCUACGGCGACAAAGCUAAAGCUGAUGCCGUUUACGCUGGUUGCGAACCCCUCACGGGAGAUGACAUUGCUGAAGUUGUAGUUUUUGCCGCUGGUCGUAGAGAGAACGUCGUUAUUGCGGAUACCCUUGUCUUCCCUCAACAUCAGGUACGAUAA